UCCAAAUAAUACAAAUUAGGGUUCAACUCAUUAAGUUAUGGAAUUCUUAGUAAAAAAGAAAGAAAGAAAAAAGGUGAAAAACAUUAGAAGGAAAACUUGAAAAGAUUUUGAAAACAUAGAGGCAGAUAUUGAAUUUUCCCAAGUCAUGUGGUUAGGUUUGAGAUUAGCAAGGGAAAAUAUUCCUGUACUACAAAAUAAUUUUCCUUAUUUAGAAGACUACAAAAAAUGAAUAAAGAAGGGCAAAAAAAUAAAGAAGACCAAAGGAAGGGGAGGUGUGACUGGAUAAAAAUCCGCUGUUGGAACAGCCCACUGGAAAGCCAAGCAUGGCCCCUGGUUUUUUCACUCCCUCUAAAACCAACUCUUCCUCUGCCUUUCAACUAACCCUACCCCUUGUCCCCCUUUAUAAUCCCCGUCAAUCCUCGCCCACCGUCUCCUUCAUCAACAGAGAUUCCAAUUCUCAAUUCUCAAUUCUCUGUUCUGCUUUUACACCUCACCUGCAUGUACGAUACGGUUCUAGGAAUACCAAACUGUGUAGUAUCUAUAUGUACCUAUCUUUCUCUCUUUCUCCUCUGUUUUCCCUAUUUCUCGCCCAUUUCAUGAAAAUUUUGGUCCUUAGGUCUAUACCCAGAUAAAAAUUUUGAGCUUUGAGCAGUACCCAUUUCCUCAAUUUGUGUUUUGGUCAACACCCACAUCGUAAUUCUGCAUUUUUCUGGGUGGUUUGGUGGGGGGGAGCCCAUAUUGAGUUUCCUAUGUUAAUUUGAGAUUGAAUGGGGAUUGAAACGACUCGGGCUGAUCGAAAGGGUAAUAAGGAGUCACGUGAAUUGCCCAAGGCGACAGACACGAAUUCGAGAAGCAAGCCCAGGAAGAGCCGGCGACGGCACAAGAGGAUGUCGCCGGUUCAGAAGCUAUUCGAGACUUGCAAGCAAGUGUUUGCCAAUGGUGGGACCGGGAUUGUGCCACCUCCUGAAGAUAUCGAACGGCUACGAGCUGUUUUGGAUGAAAUGAAACCGGAGGAUGUUGGCCUUAAACCUGAGAUGCCGUAUUUCCAGACGCAGGUGGCUCGGAGAACCCCACCGAUAACAUACUUGCACCUCUAUGAGAGUGACAAAUUCUCGAUGGGGAUCUUUUGCUUGCCACCAUCAGGUGUUAUUCCACUUCAUAAUCACCCCGGCAUGACGGUUUUCAGUAAGCUUCUCUUUGGAACCAUGCAUAUCAAAUCGUAUGACUGGGUGGUUGAUGCUCCAAGUAACACAUCCGCUGAUGUGAAUCCUUCAGAAAAGGUGAUAACGGCCCUCCCAGGGCAGACCACCAAUGUUUCUUUUAAACAGUAUUCUGGUUACAUUAUCACAGAUGCUCAGCAUGGCCGAGCUCUAUUCUACUACUUCAUCGAAGCAGAAUCAGCUGACCCACUUUCACGUCCCCUGACUUUGUGGCUCAAUGGAGGCCCUGGUUGUUCUUCGCUUGGUUUUGGCGCAUUCAUGGAACAUGGUCCCUUCCAACCAGGAGACAUCAAUGGAACUCUUGUCAAGAAUGAAUAUUCAUGGAACUUGGAAUCAAACAUGUUAUAUGUUGAGUCACCUAUUGGGGUUGGAUUUUCCUACUCUAACACGAGCUCAGAUUACUUGUGGAACGACACGCAGACUGCCCAAGAUAAUUUGAGAUUUAUUAUAAACUGGCUGGAAGAAUUCCCGAACUACAAAGACUCUGACUUGUUUUUAACCGGUGAAAGCUAUGCAGGCCACUACAUCCCACAGCUUGCUGCCUUGUUGAUGGAUUACAACAAGAAUCCCAAUAUCAAACCAAUCAAGCUGAAAGCCAUUGCUCUUGGAAAUCCACUUUUGGACCUGGAAAUAAGCGUGUUGGCCGGAGACUACUUGUGGUCGCGCGGAGCAAUAUCUGACCAAACACUGAUGUUGGAGAAGACGGUCUGCAAUGACUCAAAAUAUCUUCGUGAAUACGUCCACGACCAUAUGUCUCAAGGAUGCAAUGACGUGUUCAACAGAGUUUCAGAGGAAAUUAGCCAAGAAGUUGAACCUGAUGACCUCCUUCUACCACAAUGCUUGUCAUCAUCAACGUCGGCGGCGGAACAAUUUAUGCCCAAGGGGAAGCACGCCAAAAUUCAUGCAGCCUUUGCUGCGGUAUACACCGACGGACAGGUUCCCAGAAGGGGAAGUAGCGGCGACCCAUGCCUUGAAGGAAGGAUAUUCACCUAUCUAAAUAGGCCUAAAGUUCAGAAGGCAAUUCAUGCCAACACAACUCACCUCCCCUUCCAUUGGGAUUUCUGUAAAGGGCGUCUUAUAUAUCAAGAAGAUAACUUGGACAUGGACCUCAUACCCCUCGUCUCGGACCUUAUUAAGGCGGGCAUUCCUAUCAUGCUCUACAGUGGUGACCAAGAUUCAAAAAUUCCUCUCACGCAAACAAGAAUAAUUGCUAACAAUCUAGCCAAGGAUUUGUCGCUAGUCCCUCUUACAAAAUACGGUACUUGGUACGAUAAGCAGCAGGUGGCUGGAUGGUCUCAAUCAUUUGGGGGCCUAAAAGACGGGAAGAAUGUGACGUAUCUCACAUACGCAGUUGUUAGGGGUGCGGCCCAUGAGGUCCCUUUCACAUCUCCUUCACAGGCCCUCACAUUGUUUCGGUCUUUUCUAAGUGGAGCCCCUCUUCCCAGGCCCAAUCAAUGA